AUUACGGUGAAGUGUCAUUUCACAUAAACAGUUCAAAACACACUUGCUCACACAUACACACAGAGAGAGUAAGCAAUCAAUCAGGACAAAAAGAUGAGUGAAGAGGGGAAGAGAUCUCCGUCGUCAAGUGUUACGGAUGAUCGGAAAACUACCGCAUCUUCCGCCAGCACCAGAAAAGUUGUUAUCAAAAGCGCCGAUAUGAAACCUGAUAUGCAAACUGAAGCCGUUAAUAUCGCCAUUGCUGCGUUUGAGAAUUGCAGUGUGGAGAAGGAUGUAGCGGAACAGAUUAAAAAGGAAUUUGAUAAGAAUCACGGUCCUACGUGGCACUGUAUCGUCGGCAAAAACUUCGGAUCUUAUGUGACUCAUGAGACGAACCACUUUGUCUAUUUCUAUCUGGAAUCGAAGGCAGUGCUGCUGUUCAAAUCUGGUUGAGCAUGUUUUAGUACUGCUGCUGCUUGGACAUGUAUGUAUCCGAAAAUCCAAUAGAAGCUGAAUAUGCUUGUGAUAUUGUAUAUUCGUGUGGGUUUAUCAUUGUGUUUGAAUGCAUUUAUAAUACCUUCUAUUGUCUUCUAUAUUUCUUCUGGUAUUAUUACCUUCGAGGCUUCAGACAUUAAUGAAUAACCUGUUCGAUUUGAGAUA